AUGAAGACGUCCAUCUCCAACGGUGGUGGCACACCGCUCCUUGGACAUGCCAAGCCGGCUCUCCGAGAAGCUCUCGGAACUCGUGCAUUGGUGGGCAUGAUAUUCUUCGAAGUUGCGGGGGGUCCCUACGGUGCCGAACCUGUCGUCCGCAAAGGUGGGCCCUUUCUGGCAAUCUUGGGCUUCCUGUUCAUCCCGCUGAUCUGGUCCUUGCCCAUCGCAGUCAUGACCGCAGAGCUCUGCAGCCACGACCCCCAUGUCGGUGGGAAAAUCCACUUUGUGCACAAAUGCUGGGGUCCUUGGAUUGGCUGGAUGAACGGAUGGUUCAACGCGGUCAGCAACGUCUUCGACGUGGCCACACUGCCUGCAAUGGCCUUGGGCUACCUCGAGGUGCUGAUAGGUAUGCCGCUCUCGUCUACCCAGCGCUGGUGGACCAGCUUCGCACUGGUGGCAGCGGCAGUAGUGACCAAUGUUGCCGGAGUGGAGAUUGUCGGUGGCGUCUCCUACGUCCUGUGCAUCAUCGUGUGCUUACCUGCCGUACUCCUCGUUCUGAUCGGCACCCCGGAGCUGGGAGGUUUUCCGACAGAUGUCCACUACCCGGAGGUGAUGUGGCUGCACUUUCUGACAUCGUUGAUGUGGAAUACAUCAGGCUUUGAUGACGCCGGUGCGUCUGCAGCUGAGGUGCACGCGCCCGCGAAGAUUUAUCCCAGAGCGCUUGGGAUUUCUGUGGCCUUGGUCACGGCACUUUACGUCCUGCCCCUGUCCGUGGGUGUGGCUGUAGACCCGGCCCCGCAGCGGUGGCAUGAUGGCUUCCUCGCCACGGUCGGUGAACGCCUUGGCGGUGCCCCUUUGGGCUUUGCCCUGAGCUUAGCUGGCUUCGCAUCCUCCGUGGCGCAGUUGAAUGCCUUGCUGUGCACCUCAGUUCGUGAGAUCAUCUGCAUGGCCGAGCAACCUGGGCAGCCAGUUCCUGCCUUCCUCGGGACCGUGCAUCCAAAGCUGCAGACGCCACACGUUGGCACAGUGCUGUUUGGGCUUGUGCUGACCUCAACGCUUCAAUGGCAUUUCGUGGAGCUUAUCGCGGCCACAGUCAUUUUCGACUGCGUCAGCUUCAUCAUCCAAUUUGCCACCUGGGUCCGCUUCAGGUGGGUGACGCCCCCAGACGGGAACGCAGAGACUUUCCUCCUACCCAUAGGAUUUGCAGCGGUGCUGCUAUGGAGCUCAGGGCCUGUUCUUCUCUCCUCGCUGGUGCUUUUCCUGACCCUGUCCAUGGGUGGCGCUGCGCUCUAUGGGACGAUCCUGGCCUUCCUCGUGGGAGAAGGCCUAUACCUCGCCUAUGCCGCGAAGCGGCGAUGGGUCCAAAGUUGA